AGCUCACCUGGGAGACUCCGAAGGAAGCGGAGCCUUGGUACGGCCUCUCCUGGCCGCUCAGGAGGCCCCGCGGGAAGGCAGGAGGCGGUGGCGGAGGAGGAGCUGGACUGAGAGGCAACUGUAGCGACAGCAACCGGAGCCGCCGCCGCCACCACCUGCACCUGGCGCCCGGCCCACGUCCAGCGCCCGCCCGGCCGCCGCUUCCCGCCGCCCUGCCCUGCCCACCCGCCAGGUGUUACCAUUUAAUGAAACCUUGCCAGCAAGCCUAUGAUAAAAAUAUAAGUAAAAGAGGAAACUAUAACUGUUAUUUGUCAAGUGACAAGCUUUUAAUGUCAGAAUGGCUCACCUAAAGCGACUAGUGAAAUUACAUCUGAAAAGACAUUAUCAUAAAAAGUUCUGGAAGCUUGGUGCAGUAAUUUUUUUCUUUGUAGUAUUUUUGAUUUUAAUGCAAAGAGAAGUAAGUGUUCAGUAUUCCAAAGAGGAAUCAAGGAUGGAAAGGAACAUGAAAAACAGGAACAAGAUGCUUGAUUUAAUGCUAGAAGCUGUAAAUAAUAUUAAAGAUGUGAUGCCAAAAAUGCAGAUAGGGGCACCUGUCAGGCAAAAUAUUGAUGCUGGUGAGAGACCCUGUUUGCAAGGAUAUUACACAGCAGCAGAACUGAAACCCAUUCUUGAACGUCCACCUCAGGACUCUAAUGCACCUGGUGCUUCUGGUAAAGCAUUCAAGACACUUGAGCUAAGUAUUGAAGAGCAGAAGGAAAAAGAACGUGGAGAAACAAAACAUUGUUUUAAUGCUUUUGCAAGUGACAGGAUUUCCUUACAUCGAGAUCUUGGACCAGAUACUCGACCUCCUGAAUGUAUUGAACAAAAAUUUAAGCGCUGUCCUCCCCUGCCUACCACCAGUGUCAUAAUAGUUUUUCAUAAUGAAGCGUGGUCCACGCUGAUUAGAACGGUCCACAGUGUGCUCUAUUCUUCACCUGCAAUACUGCUGAAGGAGAUCAUUCUGGUGGAUGAUGCUAGUGUAGAUGAGUACUUACAUGAUAAACUAGAGGAAUAUAUAAAACAAUUUUCUAUAGUAAAAAUAGUCAGACAAAAAGAGAGAAAAGGUCUGAUCACUGCACGGUUGCUAGGAGCAACAGCAGCAACAGCUGAAACGCUCACAUUUUUAGAUGCUCACUGCGAGUGUUUUUAUGGUUGGUUAGAACCUUUGUUGGCCAGAAUAGCUGAGAACUACACUGCCGUUGUGAGUCCAGAUAUCGCGUCCAUAGAUAUGAACACAUUUGAAUUCAACAAACCCUCUCCUUACGGAAGUAACCAUAACCGGGGAAAUUUUGACUGGAGCCUUUCUUUUGGCUGGGAAGCACUUCCUGAUCAUGAGAGGCAAAGAAGGAAAGAUGAAACCUACCCAAUUAAAACACCCACUUUUGCAGGAGGUCUUUUUUCCAUAUCAAAAGAAUACUUUGAAUAUAUUGGAACUUACGAUGAAGAAAUGGAAAUCUGGGGAGGUGAAAAUAUAGAAAUGUCUUUCAGAGUAUGGCAAUGUGGUGGGCAGUUGGAGAUUAUGCCUUGCUCUGUUGUUGGACAUGUUUUUCGCAGCAAAAGCCCUCAUACCUUUCCAAAAGGCACUCAGGUGAUUGCUCGCAACCAAGUUCGCCUUGCAGAAGUCUGGAUGGAUGAAUAUAAGGAAAUAUUUUACAGGAGAAACACAGAUGCAGCAAAAAUUGUUAAACAAAAAUCAUUUGGUGAUCUUUCAAAAAGGUUUGAGAUAAAGCACCGCCUUCAAUGUAAAAAUUUUACAUGGUAUCUAAACAAUAUUUAUCCAGAAGUAUAUGUGCCAGACCUUAAUCCUGUUAUAGCUGGAUAUAUUAAAAGUGUUGGUCAGCCUAUAUGUCUGGAUGUAGGAGAAAAUAAUCAAGGAGGCAAGCCAUUAAUUUUAUACACGUGUCAUGGACUUGGGGGAAACCAGUACUUUGAAUACUCUGCUCAACAUGAAAUUAGACAUAACAUCCAGAAGGAAUUAUGUCUCCAUGCUGCUCAAGGUCCUGUUCUACUGAAGGCAUGUUCCUACAAAGGUCACAAGACAGUUGCCGUUGGAGAACAGAUAUGGGAGAUCCAAAAGGAUCAACUUCUAUAUAAUCCAUUCUUAAAGAUGUGCCUUUCAGCGAAUGGAGAGCAUCCAAACUUAGUGCCAUGCAAUCCAUCGGAUCCACUCCAAAAAUGGAUUUUUAACCAAAAUGAUUAAGUGUUCCUUAAAAUUAAGGAGUUAAAAAAGGAGAUAUUUUUUCUCAUAAAACUGUGACUAGGCAUACACUGUAGUUUUUGAAAAUUAUGCAAAAGCAGCUAAUUGUAACUUAUUCCAAGUGCAUUUUUCUUAUUUAUAUCUUACAAUGUCUCUGUAGCAUUAAUACAGAAAUCUCUUGUCUCCAUUUCAAAGCACAAUAAUUAAUAAUACCAAAGACUCUUUUGAAAUGUCCAGAUGUAGGGGAAGAGAUGUUUACAGUAUGAUGAUGAUAAUUUUCCAAGUCAAGUGAUGUUUGUGUGUUUUGUACACUUGAGAAUAUACAUAGCUACAUUCACACACUCACAACUUAAAAUAUUCUAGUUUUUUGGGGGAAGGGAGAAAGAUUUGAUACUGUAUUUUUUAACUACAUACAAAUGGAUCAAUUAAGGUCAAACAUUGGCCUUUGUAUACAUACCAGGAAAUUUUUAUAGAUCUAGAAUUUAUUACAUGAAAAUGCAGGUAAACAUUUUUUUUUUUUUUGCCAUUUGUUUACUUAUAUGUCAAAUGUUUCCUUAAACAUGGAAUUAAAUAAAUAAGCAGAAAACUAUUUUUGACACUUUGAUUUCUUUGCAAAUUUAAAACUAUUUUUAGUCUGAAGUCCACUUGACUUGAAGCACUUAAGUCUUUCUUAAAAGACUUUUCUUAAGUAACAAUACUGUGUUUUCCCAAAUCAAUUAAAAAGACUUUAUAACUUACUAUCUGUUGAAAAGUUGUCUUCUUCCUUUCUGUUAGUCUCUUUUUUCUUACCCAAAUUCACUAAUCUUGAAUAUUUGCGAAAUUGAAUCUUAAAUGCAGAAUACUUGACUCAUUUAAAGCUAAAUUUUAUUUGUUACUGAUUUAAGUCAAUUUGUUAACUGUUCAAUUAAUAGAUUGUCUUUGUAACAAAUUUUUUUCCCCCCAAAACCCUUAUUUCUCUCUAUGUGGAAAACACAAUAAAACAAAUCCUUACUAUUGUAA